CGUCGGUUCGCUUUUCUCUUGGGUUCUCGAGAAGACUCUUGGACAGGAAGUCACUAGUGUUUUUGUUUGGGACGCAAUUUAUUGAUGUGGUUGGGCUAUCCCAGUCCACUCUACAAUGACCACCACGAUGGCUUCAAAGCCUCUCACUAUCGUCAUCAAGCUAGGCACGAGUUCGAUUGUCGACGAAAAGACGCAUGAGCCCAUCCUGUCGAUCCUGACCUUGAUCGUCGAAACCGCAGCGAAACUCCGUCGCGAGGGCCACCAUGUAGUUCUCGUCUCGUCCGGCGCUGUGGGAGUGGGGUUACGGAGAAUGGACAUCGAUGAACGUCCGAAGAACCUGCCCCGCAUACAGGCCCUCGCAGCGGUGGGACAGUGCAGGCUCAUGAGCCUGUGGGAUGGUCUCUUUGCACAUCUUCGGUUGCCAGUUGCCCAAAUACUGUUGACCCGCAAUGAUAUCGCCGAUCGAACACAAUACAUCAACGCCCAAAACACAUUUGCACAGCUGUUUGAAAUGGGAGUGAUCCCGAUCGUCAACGAGAACGACACCUUGGCGGUUUCGGAAAUCAAAUUCGGCGAUAACGACACCCUCUCAGCUAUCACGGCCGCAAUGGUCAAAGCCGAUUAUCUCUUUCUGAUGACGGACGUCGACUGUCUCUAUACCGCCAACCCCCGCAGCAACCCCGACGCGCGACCUAUCGAGGUGGUGCACGACAUUGCCUCCAUUACAGCCGACGUAUCCUCGGCCGGUUCGUCGCUAGGGACCGGAGGAAUGAGCACCAAGAUCGUAGCGGCUAGGCUCGGCAUGAGCGCCGGCGUGACCACCGUGAUCACCAAAAGUUCCAAACCGGGUAACAUCCACGCGAUCGUACAAUACCUCCAGCAGAUCGAGGGACACGACACGGACGCUUCCGCGGACACAUCCUCCCCCGAGACCUCAUCCUCAGAGCCUCUAACCGCCCCGCUUCACACGCGAUUUAUCGCGUCUGAACGCCCAAUUCAAUCGCGGUCCUUCUGGCUACUCCACGGCCUCACGCCCCACGGAACCCUGUACAUCGACCAAGGCGCAUACAUCGCCCUCCAAAACAAAGCUAGCCUCCUUCCGGCCGGGGUCCUGCGCGUGGACGGUCAUUUUGGCCAGCAAGAAGCGGUGCGUCUGGUCGUCGUCGGGAGAGUGUCGGCGGACUCCUUGAACGGCGACUUCCUCCACCAUGACCAGGAGCCCAGAGAAGUCGGACGGGCUCUGGUCAACUACGGCAGUCUCGAGAUCGACCGGAUCAAAGGUCACCGCAGCACGCAGAUCGGAUCGCUCUUGGGCUAUGCAGACAGUGAAUAUGUCGCGUUCCGAGAAAACAUCUCAUUCUUCCAGGCCGAUGGGCACACCUGAUAAGGGACACUUUCAGAUGUGAUACCAGUCAAUCAACAAAAAAAAAAAAAAAGAGAGAGAGAGAGAGAAGGCACAAGGCCGCGGUUUGGCUAUAUAUAACAAAGAGUAGUGUGAUUGAUUUGUGAGAUUGCAUGGUUUGAGACCGCGCCGCAGCGGUGCGUUGGCCUUGACUGAUUGAUUAUACUAUACUAGACGCACCAGCGAUGCCCUAUUGGUUU